GCAGGGCAGGGCGGCGAAGCACUACUCAUGAUGCGGAAAUCGCAGCUGAAAACCAGCUCUGUUUAAAGGUAUAACCUUCAGUAGCAGAACAAAUCCAGGCCAGUAAGCAAGCUGCCAAGUCUGCCUGUGCCUUGUCAAAGAGAGCAGCUGGGCCCAUUUUUAAUUAGCGCUUCCUAACACAACAUCUCUGAGUCACUGAAGGAGACUAGACAGACCCGAGUUUGAAGAUUUCCAGACAUCUAUAGACAUUGAAUGUAAAAGAAAAGAAUAUCCAAGUUAUCUUUGCAUAAAUCUGGUUGAUUUAAGAAAAAAAAGAGGGAGAAAACAGGUGUGAUUUUCACUCAGAAAGUCACAUGAAGGUAUUCUGCCUUGAGACUGUAUAAUGGAUGAUGGUUACCGGAACAGCCCAAACGUCUACCACGGAGCAAGGGAUAUAGCUCGAGAGGUGACCAGGCAGUCCCGGAACCAGGGAAUGGAUGACUAUAAGUAUCAGGAUAACUAUGAGGGCUAUGCCCCCAGUGAUGGCUAUUACCGGGGCAAUGAGUCCAACCCAGAGGAAGACGCACAGAGUGAUGUUACAGAAGGCCAUGAUGAGGAGGAUGAGAUCUAUGAAGGCGAGUAUCAGGGCAUUCCCCAUCCAGAUGAUGUCAAAACCAAACAGAACAAGAUGGCGCCUUCCAGGGCAGAUGGCCUUCGGGGCCAGGCAGACCUGAUGGCUGAGAGGAUGGAAGAUGAGGAGCAGUUGGCCCACCAGUAUGAGACCAUCAUUGAUGAGUGUGGCCAUGGCCGCUUCCAGUGGAUUCUCUUCUUCGUCUUGGGUUUGGCCCUGAUGGCCGAUGGAGUGGAGGUGUUUGUGGUGAGUUUUGCCCUGCCCAGUGCGGAGAAGGACAUGUGCCUGUCCAGCUCCAAGAAAGGAAUGCUUGGGCUGAUUGUCUACUUGGGAAUGAUGGCAGGGGCCUUCAUCCUGGGAGGCCUCGCUGACAAACUGGGCAGGAAGAGAGUCCUCAGCAUGUCUCUGGCUGUCAAUGCCUCCUUUGCCUCGCUGUCCUCCUUCGUGCAGGGAUAUGGCGCCUUUCUGUUCUGCAGACUCAUCUCUGGCAUAGGUAUUGGGGGUUCUCUGCCAAUUGUUUUUACCUAUUUUUCUGAAUUCUUAUCACGAGAAAAGCGAGGAGAACACCUCAGUUGGCUGGGCAUCUUCUGGAUGACUGGGGGCAUCUACGCAUCCGCCAUGGCCUGGAGCAUCAUUCCACACUACGGCUGGGGCUUCAGCAUGGGGACCAAUUAUCAUUUCCACAGCUGGAGAGUAUUUGUCAUUGUCUGUGCUCUGCCCUGCACUGUAUCCAUGGUGGCCCUGAAGUUCAUGCCUGAGAGCCCCAGAUUUCUGCUAGAGAUGGGCAAACAUGACGAAGCCUGGAUGAUUCUCAAGCAAGUCCAUGACACCAACAUGAGGGCCAAAGGGACUCCAGAGAAGGUGUUUACGGUUUCCCAUAUCAAAACUCCCAAGCAGAUGGAUGAAUUCAUAGAGAUCCAAAGUUCAACAGGAACUUGGUACCAGCGCUGGCUGGUCAGAUUCAAGACCACUUUUAAGCAGGUCUGGGAUAAUGCUCUGUACUGUGUGAUGGGGCCCUAUAGAAUGAACACCCUGAUUCUGGCUGUGGUCUGGUUCACCAUGGCUCUCAGCUAUUACGGUCUGACAGUUUGGUUCCCUGACAUGAUCCGGUAUUUUCAAGAUGAAGAGUACAAGUCUAAAAUGAAGGUGUUUUUUGGUGAGCACGUGUAUGGUGCCACCAUCAACUUCACCAUGGAAAAUCAGAUUCACCAACAUGGGAAGCUUGUGAAUGACAAGUUCACAAAGAUGUACUUUAAGCAUGUACUCUUCGAGGAUACCUUUUUUGAUGAGUGCUAUUUUGAAGAUGUCACAUCUACAGAUACCUACUUCAAAAAUUGCACCAUCGAGUCAACCAUCUUUUACAACACAGAUCUGUACAAGCAUAAAUUCAUCAACUGUCACUUCAUCAAUACCACCUUUCUGGAGCAGAAGGAGGGCUGCCACAUGGAUUUUGAGGAAGACAACGACUUCCUGAUUUACCUUGUCAGCUUCCUGGGCAGCCUGUCUGUCUUACCUGGGAACAUCAUUUCUGCCCUGCUCAUGGAUAGGAUCGGAAGGCUCAAAAUGAUUGGUGGCUCCAUGUUGAUCUCGGCAGUCUGCUGCUUCUUCCUGUUUUUUGGCAACAGCGAGUCUGCGAUGAUUGGUUGGCAGUGCCUGUUCUGCGGGACCAGCAUUGCAGCCUGGAAUGCUCUGGAUGUGAUCACAGUGGAGCUGUACCCCACCAACCAGAGGGCAACAGCCUUCGGCAUCCUCAAUGGGUUAUGCAAAUUUGGUGCCAUCCUGGGAAACACUAUCUUUGCUUCUUUUGUUGGGAUAACUAAAGUGGUCCCCAUCCUUCUGGCUGCUGCUUCCCUGGUUGGGGGUGGCCUGAUUGCCCUUCGACUGCCAGAGACUCGAGAACAGGUCUUGAUGUGAACAGCCUGUGGGGAGAAAAGAGACUGAAAGGAUCUGGGUGAGAACACCUACAUGCAGCCACACUUCCUGCCUCUCCCUGUCCGCAGGCGACAAGGAGAGCACAGCAGGAGUUGAUUUUGUGAUCCGUUAGUUUAGAACCCACUUCAGCUGUCAAUAUGUAUGUUUCUCAGGUGACUGAUUUGGGGGUGCCUUGAGUCAGCCUUAGAAUCCCAGAACUGUGUGCUUGGCUUUGGGUCUCCCCAGUUCAAGGUAGUAGGAGGGCUUUUCAGUUGGUGCACACACUAAGCAAGGAGUAUGCAUUUCCCUAGGUGAGGUGCAAGGACUCUUAUGCUUUCCGAAAUUAAUUUUAGGGUGGAGAGAUGGUCAAGCUUCUCCACAAAGCUCCCAGGAGUCCAGUGACCUAACACAUUGACUUGGCUGGAGGUUGGAGUCAUUACAUGAAUAUUGGUCUUGAAGAAGAGGAUGCAUAUAUUUUUGCAUUUGAAAAUAUCACUAUCAUAUUUUCCACUUGAAAAUUGGCACAACAGCAUCGAAGAUACUCUGAUAUGAUGUAGAAAACCAAAUAUUUGAACACUGUCUCUAGAGGUGGACCUUUGGCUCUAGUGUCUUCAGUUAUCCCUAAUGACUGGGGACACAUCUGAGAAUAUUUUUUCCUGUGUUGCUCUGUUCAAAGAAAUGUAAUGGGCUAGGUAUUUUGCAAAUUAAGUUUGUGUGUCAUUGUCAUUGGGUUUUACUUUCACAAAUGGCAGCUGCAAAUAUUGUCAGCAUUUUAACUACAUUUUCGAGAACUUGAAGGUUUAAGUCCCCAAAAUUGGGUCUAAUCAAUGCAAGUAGUUUCUUAUAGUCAUUUAAAAGCUCAUAGAAGGAGGCACUUAGCAAAAUAAGUAGAGUUUCAUUUAGGCCAGGGAUCUUUUUUUGGGUAGGCAAUGUAGUUACUUUCCCUCCUACACCGAUCAGUCCAGAGAUCAAGCUCACAGUCCUAGGUACUGGUAUCAAAUUUGCUGUUCAUCCAGAUAUAGUAGAAGGAGCCUUCCAUGACCUUUGACACCAUUUGCAGGUGAGCGUGAAAUGACACGGG